CUUCACGGGUGUGGCGAACGUGGUAAAUCUCUUCGCAGGGAAAGAAUGCGGAUCGGCAACUCGGAUUAAAGCAAUAUAUAAAUAUUUUUUUUGUAGAAAAAAUAGAAAUAUUCACAGGCAAGUGUGGUAUGCAUCCGAUAGCGUAACUGGCAGCAGGAAUCUGUGUGCUCGGUUUUCCACAGCUGGAAUACUUUUUUUUUCUAACUUCGCGGUAAUUUUUCGGGUGUUUAACCUGCUCUAAUGAAAUACCGUAGGGAGCAGCUAAAAGUCAACGAAAAAAGUUGCUAAGCCUUUUUUUUUCAGGCAGCGUUACCCGCGUUAAAAAAUCUCCCAAAUGCGGACAAACUAAAUAAAAAACGUGCGUAUCUUUGGGAAAUUCAUACGUUAGUUAGAAAACCAAGUUCAUUUGGGAAAUAAUUUGUCUUUUUUAAUGAUUUUGGUCCCUUCUAGCGGAUGAACGGUCUCCGUCACGUUUUUCGCCACUCAUCAAAAAGGGAACUCGCCUCGCUCAACUUCAGCCCUUGUUUUUAAGAAAAGGGGGUCAGCCGUUAGUUGUUUUUUUUCUCCCAGGUGUUAUUUUCCCACUAAGCAGCAGACCUGAAGCGUGCACUGGGAACCAUGGGUUGUACUGUGAGUCAGGAAGAUAAGUUGGCGGCCGAGAGAUCUAAAAUGAUAGAUAAAAACCUGAGAGAAGAUGGAGAGAAGGCGGCAAGAGAAGUGAAACUGCUCCUGCUCGGUGCUGGGGAGUCGGGGAAGAGCACCAUUGUGAAGCAGAUGAAGAUUAUUCACGAGGAUGGAUACUCAGAAGAUGAGUGUAGGCAGUACAGAGCAGUCGUCUACAGCAACACAAUCCAGUCCAUUAUGGCUAUCAUCAAAGCCAUGGCCAACCUCAAGGUUGACUAUGAGGAGUCUGCCAGAGCGGAUGAUGCUCGCCAACUUUUUGCGCUGUCAGGAGCGGCAGAAGAGCAGGGCACCCUGCCAGAGGACUUGUCCAACAUCAUCCAACGACUGUGGGCUGAUGGCGGUGUCCAGAGCUGCUUCACACGGGCCCGAGAGUACCAGCUAAAUGACUCUGCAGCCUACUACCUUAAUGACCUGGAGAGGAUAGCCAAGCCAGACUACAUCCCCACACAGCAAGAUGUGCUGCGGACUCGAGUCAAGACCACAGGCAUUGUGGAAACACAUUUCACCUUCAAGGACCUGCACUUCAAGAUGUUUGAUGUUGGAGGCCAGCGGUCAGAAAGGAAGAAGUGGAUCCACUGCUUUGAGGGAGUCACAGCCAUCAUCUUCUGUGUAGCCAUGAGUGCUUAUGAUCUGGUCCUAGCUGAGGAUGAGGAGAUGAACCGGAUGCAUGAAAGCAUGAAGCUCUUUGACUCAAUCUGCAACAACAAGUGGUUCACAGAGACGUCCAUCAUCCUGUUCCUCAACAAGAAGGACCUGUUUCAGGAGAAGAUUGCUCACAGCCCUUUGACCAUCUGCUUCCCUGAGUACACUGGCCCCAACACGUACGAGGAGGCCCAGACUUACAUCCAGACCAAAUUUGAGGAUCUGAACAAGAAGAAGGACACCAAGGAAAUCUACACCCACUUCACCUGCGCCACUGACACCAAGAACGUGCAGUUUGUGUUUGAUGCCGUCACCGAUGUCAUCAUCAAGAACAACCUGAAGGACUGUGGCCUUUUCUGAAAAUCAGUCUGAGAGUCGAGAUUACUUGAACCGCUCUGACCAUAGCGAUGGGGGAUUAUACACGGAUCAUGAAUGACUGCACUGGCCAACCACGAUUUAUGCUUUGAUCUGCUUUUUAUAAAGACACCUAAGAGACUGAAAACCCGACGAGCCUUGCAGAUUUUCAACAAUUGCUGAUCCAGUUGCUCGUGUUAUUAACUCUUUGGGCUAUGACCACAAAAAUCAACAUCUAUUUUAUUUUUUUUCUUUAUUUUCAAUUACUAGAGGAGGGAAAUGUUUUCUUAUAUAUAUAUGUAU